UUCUUAGCCAAAUUCCAAUAACACGUAUUUAGAAGCAAAACAAGUUAUCAAUUAUCAAACAAGACUUUGUAUUGAAACAAGAUUUUUAAUGAUCAAGAGUUGUAUAUAUAAAGACCUACGACGAUUUCUUUUUUAUACUACUAUCGAUUGACCCACGCUGUACUCCUACACCAGAAGGCAUCAAUAUGUCGAACUCCCCAUCAAAUGUCUUCGACGGCCAAGACUAUACAUUUAAGCAGUACUAUUAUCCAGUGUCAGAUGCAGAGGACAGCCUAACUUGUGUACCAGACGAGCCGGUGAAGCGAAAAUUAAACACACACUCAAAUAUCGAUGCAUUCUUUGACCAGCCAAAGAUAAAGAGGAAGAAAAACGUGUCUUCCACUGUAGGAAAAGGCUGUAAAGGGGGUGGUAUAUCAUAUAUAUCUACAAACAAAGACGAUGGUACGAAUUCGACACAUCUAAUCAAAAUAGAAAUAUUUGAUAUGAAAAAACUAUCCAAAGUUUCUGAUACAACUAAACACUGGAUGUUUGCGGAUGUGCGUGCAAAAUAUUUCGUGAUGGAAAAUGAAACAAAUAAGCACUUACAGCAAGCUAAAGAUCUCAUUUACGGAAUCACGAAGGAGAUUUCCGAAUCCGACGAGUGUAAAAAGUACCAUUUUAAUUCAAAAGUCUAAUCACUGUUGUCUAAUUGUGAAUAAAAAUAUAUAGUUUAUA